GAGUGAGUAUGCCUUACCUCUUUAAAGCGAAAUUAGGGCCGAAACCCUACAAGCGGCAGUGGAGGAUUAUGCCGUGGCGACCCUCUUCACUCUUUCUCUUAUAACUCACCGUUCGCCUCCGCUCUUUCUCUUUCUAAGUUUCGGUUGCAUCAAAACGCAGCGUUUCGACAGCAUGAUAAGGGGAGGCCAAACCUACGUUUCUUGCGCUCCGGCGUUCUCAAACGACGGCAAGCGUCUUCUUAUCGGCAGCGGCUCCACCGUCUCCGUCUUCAGCACCGCCACCGGAAUGCUCGGUUCCUCCUUGGAAGGCCACACUGCCACCGUCACCUCCCUCGUCGUCGUUCCCACUUCCAACUUCUUAUGCUACUGUUGGACCUCUUCUCUCGAUGGCACUGUUCGUUACUGGGACUUCUCCGUUCCCGAAUGCAUCAAGAUUGUUAAUCUUCACUUUCCCGUUUUCUCCAUGGUGAUACCUUCAAUAUUAUCCCCGCCGGAAGAAAACAGGGCAAAGACGCCUAAUGUUAUUGCCUAUGUGUCUGUUCAAGAUACGAAUGCACAAGAUAAUCGCCCCAAACCUCGUCGUGGACAGCUCAGGAAGUGUAAUUUGACUAAUCAGACACUUAGCAAAAUGAUCUUGAAAGAGACUGAACGACCCGAAUCUUUAACUAUUAGUCCCUCGGGAAAGUUUUUGGGUAUAAAAGACAAGCGCAAACUUCAUAUAUGGAAAGUUCCUAAAAUGGACUCUGAUUCUGCUGUGUCUAAGAAGAUUACCCUACAUCAUACAAAGACUUUUACUGUUCUUGCAUUCCAUCCGACAGAGAGAAUUGUGGCUGCAGGUGAUGUAACGGGAAGAAUUUUAAUUUGGAGAGGAUUUGGUGCUCAGAAGUUGCUUGACAGUAGUGGACUUGUGAACGGAAGAUCAAUGAAUGAUGUGGAAGAUAAGCCUGGGGUAAGGGAAAAUGAUGAUGCUGAAUCAUGUUCCACAUGGCAUUGGCACUCUGCUGCUGUGAGGCUUCUAUCUUUCUCUUCAGAUGGAGCCUACCUGUAUUCAGGUGGGAAGGAAGGAGUUCUUGUGCUUUGGCAGUUGGACACAGGAAAGAAGAAAUUUUUACCCAGAAUUGGAUCUCCACUUCUGUAUUUUGUAGAUUCUCCAGAUCCAUCACUUUCUUCGAUAUCUUGUGCAGAUAAUCAAAUUCAUAUAUUGAAGAUGCCUUCAAUGGAAAUAAUAAAGUCUAUUUCUGGGAUCAAGCCCCCUUUAUCUUCUCAAGAUAUAUGUGAAAGUCUUUCCAGCCGAGCUGCCUUUGACUGCACUUCUGGUUUAGUGGCUGUACAAACAGAGAACUAUGGCGUCCAAUUCUACAGCUUGUUUGCUAAUCGAGGACUUUAUGAGGUUCAAGUCUGUGAAAGAAACCAUCAACCAGUUGAUGAGGUCAUGGUGGUAGUGACAUUGGUGGAACUGUCUGUAGAUGGCUCUAUGAUGGGUACUGUUGAAGUCAAGCUUCCUGAAGAAGGAAUAGGAGGUCUUGUUUGUUUGAAAUUUUGGGAUUUGGAUGAUGACAAAAGAUUUUCAGUAUCCACCCUUAUUUAUGAACCUCACAGGGAUUCUCAUAUUUCUGCUGUUGCUUUUCAUCCUACCCGUCAUAUGGCUGUCAGUUCAUCUUACGGUGGAGAUUUCAAGAUAUGGGUCUGCAAGGAGGAAAUUCGACAGAAAGGCGAGAUGCUUCAGAAUUCUGGUUGGAUGUGCCAUGCUGUUGGAUCAUACAAAAAUAAAGCCAUGAGAGCUGCUGCUUUUUCAGCUGAUGGUUCCGUGCUGGCUGUUGCAGCAGACACUGUUAUUACAUUGUGGGACCCUGAUAAGAAUGUGCUCAUUGCUGUUGUAGGAGAGACUCCAACGCCUAUUGCGAGUCUCACCUUUGCUGGAGAGUCGGAGUACCUUCUGUCUGUUUCUCAUGGUUCAAAACCACAGUUGUCUGUUUGGAGUAUGUCGAAGUUAGCUGCAACUUGGUCAUAUAGGCUUCUAAUUGAAGCUGUCUCCUGUGCAAUAGAUCUAUCAUAUUUUGCUGCUCUUGCUCUCCUUCCUGAAUCAAAUGAACGUACAUUUAAAGGCGAUGGAAUAAUCUUAUUAUUCAACGUAACAGAUCCUGUUCCUGUGGCUUCCUGGUCUGUAACUAAGGCCAAGGGAGGGGGGCUUGCUUUCCUCAAAGGAGAUCCAUCUGAACGAGUGGUUGUUGAUGGGAAAGCAUCGCAGACUCUGCUUGCAUAUAUAAAUGGAGAUCGUGAAUAUGUCCUCUUUGAUCCACAUGGCAAAGAAACCUGUGAGCUUAUUAUGACUAGGCAGGAUGAUCUUGUUUCACUUGAAGAAACAGGACAAUUUGGAUAUACAUCUAUUUAUGGAGAGCUACCCAAAUUUGAUUUGAAAAGGAACGAGGCUUCAUCAAUUUUAUCUGCUGCAUCUGAGAGGCCUUGGGAAACCAUAUUUAGUGGAUCGUCACAUAUGCUACCACCCCUUACCAAAUUGUGUUCGGAAUUCUUAGAGUCCCUACUUGAAAAAAGGACAGCAACUGUAGAAUGACAUACUACAUGCAUGCAACUCGGUUUAAAUUGAUGAUUGGUUCUUUGAUGCUACUUCUCGUCAGCAGAGCUCAAGAGGAAUACUGGGCUUGAACGUGAGGUAGUUGUAUUUCCCUCCAAGACUGGUGUAAACUCUCUGCCUUCUAGCUACUGCCGCAGACUAGUCUGGCGUCAGCAAUUUUUCACUUACCUUGGAACUGUUUGUCCAAUUAGCUGAUGCAGUAAAAGAUCGGACAACAAAAGAUUCAACUUUAAGUGGUUGGUUAUAUGGCAUAAUAGUAUACCUGUGAGAGGUUUCCUCUUCCCAACACCCGAUUUUGCCUUUGUUCUACUUAAUUAUAUAUUUUAGUAAUAUCAGUUCCUGGAUGAACCGAAAUUUUGACAGUAACGAAUGAUGAUAAAUUUGCAGGGUAGCGAUCUUGUAGGCUUGUAAUCAAUGUGAAUGAGUCCUAGGUAAUACGGCGAUUAAUGCUAUGGAAGCUACAGUUCAUAUGUAACAGUAUUGUGAAUUAUAAUCAAUAUAAUAGCGAUUAAUUGUUUUUACCCUCUCU